AUGGAGCCCCAGCCGGAGACAUUUCAUUUGUUCGGGGCUCUCUAUGUUCCCGACCCUGAAAGAUGCUUACUCCCGGAAGAUCAGCCACUGGCGGAUCGAGCAAUUUCACUCAUGCGCGACUUCGAGCAAGUCCCCUCCGCUAAUAGACAUCCUUGGGACAUGGAUUCUGCGCACCAGCGACUGGUGAACGAUGACAUUGCAUGGUGGAGGACUAAAAAUGUCGAACGACCCGAAGAGUACAUUGUUCGUCCAAGCGGCUCGUUAGAUGCUUCGUUGGCUUGCAUUUUGUUCAAUCCCACGUUUUCUGUCAAAGAUCCUUGUCUCAGAGAGACCUUUGACACAUCAAAUGCGACAAUAUCUCAAAUGGAACGAGCCGGAUUCAACCUCAAAAAUACUUUAUUUGUCGACCAAGUGGCUAGAAGAGACAUAAGCCAAAAUGUCGAGGCCAUUUACCCCGAGGAUCUUUGGCAGAUUCAUGAGAGAUUCUUGAGGGAGAUUUGGGACAAUAUGCGAGCAGUUGUGGUGAUAUGCUGGGGAUCAGCUGUUCGAAGGCGUCUACUGGGUACUUCGAAGAAAACUGGUUGGUUUCAGAACUUUGAGGUUUUGAAGCUUUGGGGCCGCUUUAGCGGUAUCGAGGUGUUGUUGGAGCUCACCCCAAACAAAAAGUCAAUGAAGCGAUUCGUGCUAUUUGUGAAACACCCCUCAUACUUUUUCUACAUUCAAAGUGACAAAGAUUGCGCUAGGAACCUACGACGCAAACAAGGAAGGCCCCAGGACCUGGCUCUAGAGGUUGCCGCCAAAUUGGGUCAAAUCCAUAUUGAAGCCCGGUUCUACGAACUUAGCCCCAAACUACGUGUGAAUCUAACUGUACCACAUAAGGUGACUAUGGAGAGGGAAGGCUGGAAGGGAGAUGCAGCAGCACAGCUACAAUGUGCCUUUCCCUCUGCAGUACUAUCGCAGCAAAAGUCUCAUCGGAUACGUGGUCCGCGAGGGCGAGACCUAAAGAGUCUUGAUGAUAUUGCUUCACUCAUGAACCAGUUUAUCAUAGGCGAAGUCCAUGUGGAUGGGCGUCUUCGGGAAUCUGACGCUUCAAUUGACCCAACCGAGGUUGAAGUUACAGACAAGACCCAGCGCCACCGCCGCCUCCAGAUUAUCAGUUCUUUCUGGGGGGCAUUGAAAGAGAUCAUUGAGGGAUCCGGAUCCAUGGUGGUGUCCAGUGAAAUAGCUGCCGAAAACGUCGAAUCCUCCCUGGCCUCAAUAGACGAUAUGGAAGAUGUUGGCGAGUGGCAGGACUUGCCGGAGGAAAUAACAGCACUUGUUCAUGACCAGCCGGGUCUCAGGUUCAACACAAACCCGUUAAAUUCUCGGGAAGAUCUAGAAAGGGCCUAUAAUUUACUCCACAGUUUUGUCCCAGGAUGGAGCGAUUCUCCGAAGGCAUUGGGAAUCGGUAACCUAGCCAUGUCGGUGCUUUUUGCAUACGGCAGGCUAAUAUCCCGACAUCGACGACCACACAUGGAUGAAUUGGUUGUUUUUCGUGAGGCGCCGUUUGAUAUCCUUCCACUAAGAUGCAGUGGGUGUAACCAGCAAGUCCUGGAUGACCCAUUUCCAUACUGGUCCAAGUAUAACCCCAGCAUUUAUGUAUCGUGGGCAGUUGCAGGCGGCUGCGGAAACACCGGCUGUGGGUUUUUAUACGCUUCCCUCAAACCGUUUGAUGAUCAGGUGCGCUGGUCUGCAGCAGUUGUGGGUCGAGUUAGUAAGGAAGCGCUUGACAAGGUUAACGCUCGACGAGCUCGGAAACCGAGUACUUGGCUCCUCCGCACUGAGGCGGAGCGGGGGACCCUCCCCGAUGAGAUCGAAGUAAAAUGUCCAACUUGCCCACAGACAAAACUAGUGGAAGCGAAGUGGACGAUUGCGGUUCGACCAACACUCUUGAUUCCGUAUCUUGUUUGUGGGAGCACAAAGGAUGGCGCUGGGAACGGAUGCGGCAACCGUGGGUAUUGGGAACCUGUGGAACGAACCCAGGUCACUCGACAGCCUAAUAUUUCCCGAUUAUGGUCACAGUUUGCCAAGAACGGCUGUAAUCUGAGCGAUUAUCCGAGAGAUGGAGGUGUCAUUUUUGAUGAUAAAACUAUUUCGUUUCGAAUUGCAAAACUGAAAGAAUUGAAAGUCGCGCAACAGCACAUGGAGGACAACAGAUUCUCAUGA